AUGGAUGCGUCUAGGCGCCCCAACAGCUAUGAUCAGGGGCUCGCACCAGUGUCGGCAGAGGUUGCGCCACGAGCUACAGGAACAAGUCCACUGGAGAAGAGCCCAUCCAUGUUGAACAAUGAGGCUGAUGUGGCCGAUGUGGCUGUUGAUACUGUUGGCCGGCGCAGAAAGCCACUGUCAUUUUACAUGGCUUUUCUGUGUCUUGUGAUCAUGGUAUUUCUAUGCUCUAUAGACUCGACCAUCAUGGCAGUCUCAAUACCAAUCAUCACUCAAGAACUGGGCGGCACUACCUUCGAGGCCUUUUGGGCAAACCUCGCCUUCACACUUACAGUUGUCGUCAGCCUGCCAAUAUACGCUAGCGCGUCCGACGUCCUCGGCCGCAAGAUUCCACUCUAUACAUGCUACGUCCUGUUCUUUGUGGGCUCCAUCGUCUUCGCCACCGCCGAUUCUAUGGCAGUAGUCAUCAUCGGUCGUUUGCUCCAAGGCUUAGGUGGUGGCGGACUUGACGUGCUCAACGAGAUACUGAUCGUGGAUAUCACCACCCUCAAAGAACGACCAUUGUACAUGGGCUUGAUGGCCAUUCCAAUGGCUUUAGGGACAAUUGCUGGACCGAUCAUAGGUGCAGCUUUCAGCGAAUACGUCAGCUGGCGUUGGCUCGGGUGGAUGAACAUUCCUUUGCUUGGCGUCGACGUUGCCCUCGCCGUCCUAUUCUUACGCCUGAAGCCACUGGAUGAACCUCUUUCCGACAGGUUCGCUCGACUAGACUGGAUCGGGAGCCUCAUGUUCGCCAUUGGAGCUGCUGCUUUUGUCCUUCCGCUCAGUUGGGCGGGGAAUCUCUAUUCUUGGUCCUCAUGGAAUACAAUUGUGCCCUUGGUCAUCGGAUUGAUCGUCCUCGUUGUCUUUGCCUUUUACGAAGCCAAGCCGGAGGCGCCGCUGUUCCCACAUCGCAUCUUCAAGUCUCGAGCGUCGCUCCUGACCCUCCUCACCGGCACGAUACAUGGUCUGAUAAUUUACCCUGCAACGACAUAUCUCCCCCUCUUCUUCCAAGCUGUGAAGCUGCAGUCACCCCUUCAAUCUGCGGUGUCUUUGCUGCCAUCCUGCUGCGGAGUGGUGGGAUUCGCCCUUUUUUCCGGUGUCGCCAUAGAAAUCAGCCGUCGGUAUCUGUGGCAAUUUUGGAUUUCCUGGAUCACAAUCUCCAUUGGAAUAGGCCUUUUAUCAAUCCUUGACAGGAACUCGCCGGUGGCAGAGACAGCAGGAUUUCAGAUCAUCUCUGGCGUCGGUCUCGGUGCCUUGUGGGCAGUGCCAGCACUCUCCAUGCAGGCAAGCGCUGCGACUGUAGAGGACCAAGCGCUGGCCGUUGGCAUACUUGUGGCUGUCCGCCUCUUCGGGGCUCUCAUAGGCCUUGCAAUCGCCUCUUCCGUGUUUGCCAGUAUCUUUGAGAAGUCCAUUGCUGCCCUCCAGCCUCUACCAGCUGCUGUUGCCCCACUUGGCCAGGCAAGUCAAGCAGUUGGGUUCAUUCCUAGCUUGAGGGGCAUCGAUGUACCCUCAAAUGUGCUGAGCCAGAUACUCGAGGUCUAUCGAGAAUCUUUCCAAGUAUUGUGGUACGUCAUGGCUGGAUUUGCCUGUGUUGGCUUCUUUUCGAGCUUGUUCAUCCAGGAGAAAUCGAUAGAAAAUGAGGAGACUGGCAAGCAGCAUCUGCAGACUCGGGAAAAAGGUGCCAAGCCAACCGAUGUUAAUGUCGGGGGCUUCGCUGCCAAGAUCGACGACAACACUCAGACAAGAUCCGUCACAAAUACCGCCAGUACCGACUGCGAUGAAUUCAUGGAUGCGACAUCGGGCAACGGCACCGAUACCACGAGCCACAGCUCACAUUCAGAAGACCCCGGAAAGCGCUCGUACUUUGACGUUCCGAAGUUGUGCCAGAGGGCAAUCAAUGAGCCUAUUGACUACGUCAGCGGCAUGCCAUCGAAGGGUGUGCGCUCUUCUCUGAUUGAUGCGAUGAACCAAUGGUGCCAGAUUCCAUCCGCUCAGCUUGCGGUAGUCAAGCGCGUCAUCGACCUCCUCCACAAUGCUGCCACCUUCUUGUACGUACGUGUCGUGCAAGAAGUGCAAGCUACCGGCAAUGCGGCGUUGAUGACAGUGCUUCUCGAGGAGUUGGAUGAUCUGCACGUCGGUCAAAGCUGGGAUCUUUACUGGAAAUACAACCUGAAGUGGCCAACGAAGGAUGAGUAUUUCAGCAUGAUCGACCUGAAGACCGGCGGACUUUUCAGGAUGUUGCCGCUUCUUCCAGAUGACUAUCUGAAUCUCAACUCUCGCGAAUACAGCAACCAGAAGGGUUGGUGUGAGGACUUGGACGAGGGUAAGUUCUCCUACCUCAUUAUCCACUGCCUUGAGAACAGCCCCAAAUAUGCCGACCGGAUCAUGGGUCUCUUCCGGCAGAGAACCGGAUGCUCUGGUCCGAUGCCCAGUGUUGCAAAGGUUUAG